AUGAGUCCUGAGCCUGAUUUUAGGUGGAUGUUUCCAAACUUUACAAGAGAAUAUAAUGAUGCCAUAUACAUCUAUAGAGAAAAUAGUCGAACAUGGUUGACAGAUGCAUGCAAAAAAUUUUGCAAUGAUGUAACAGGAGGCAAUUGUGGUAAUUUCAUUGUCCAUUGCACAGAUUUCGGUCGUUAUUUAUAUCAUAUAAAUUCUAAAAAAAAUGAUGAAUACACAAAACAAAGAUGUAAAUAUUAUUUUUACAAGUUGAUGUUCGAAUUACAGCAAAAAAGUAUUGAUUGUGGAGGGGUUGAAUCAUGUUACAAAAAAAUGAUUCAGAAAUUAAAUAGUAGCAAUUAUUUAAAGGGUAAUCCUAGUUGUGAGGCAUACAUUGAUGAAUUUGACAAAAGAUAUUUGCUAAUAUUUAGUAAACUUGAUAAAAUAUCUGACUAUAUUCAUAAAUUAAUAUCAAAACAUCAUAGUAGUUGCUGGUCGAAUAUUUACAAAGAAUGUGAUGAACAUAUAAGAUAUUUAAUGUCAUGUGCAUAUAAGGGUAAGAAAAAAUUUUAUGACAUGCUUGAAAAUGUUGUGAAUACCUAUAAGAAAUUAUGUCCUGAGAGCAGAAUAACAUUGCUUCCCUUCAUUGAAGAAAGCAAAAAUAAAGCGGAAGUGACAAUGUCCAUCCAUAGCCCAGCAGAUGAGACUGUGGAACAAGCAUCGCCUCCAUUAUUCACAAUCCACGGUUUCGAAGAGGUUCCAAAUAAUGCACUGGACGCAGUAAAAGUCGAAAGAAUGUUAUCAAAUGGAGUUUCAGAUGUAGGAAAUGAUUCAGGGGUAAUCAGUGGCUUCUUUUUAUCAUUAUUUAUAAUAUUCUCGAUUUUAUUCAUUUUAUAUAAGGUUAAAAAUAUGCUUAAUUUUAUUCAUGUUUAUAGAAUUACCUAUACAAUUUUUUUUUCAGUUUUACAAUCAAGGAUAAAAAGAGUCAGAAGUAUUUUCAACAAAAAACAUAGUGAACAUAAGAACAUGAUGGAAUCGUUAGAAAGGGAACAUAAUUUUAAAGUCUACAACAGGUUUCAAAUAGCAUAUAAUACAGACGAUUAUCAAUAA